AUGGACAGCAGCCCAGGGAGCGAUCGCAUGGACUGGGAAGAGGACUCCUCACUCCACAUCAUUCAACCAGCUUCAAGCCCAUGGCGAAAGAGAUCCUUCGAUACCUACAAUGAUACAAACGAACCAUAUCACCCGAAUGAAGACUAUUCAGGCUAUCGAGUCACUGACACACUUCGAAAUCACACGGAAGUGGUAGAACCUUUCAUAGACUUCAACGGCCGCCCCGCUCGAUAUGUUACCGAUUUUGACGGCAAUGUCAUCCUUCAACCAAUCAUCCAGCGACAGCCACGGCAGCCCAUUGGCUACUACCUUCCGGAGUGGGUCAAGUGGAUCAUCUACGGAGUCGCGCUGCUUGUCUUCAGCAGCUGCGAAUUGGCGGGCGAUGCUUACGUUCACACUGCCACCGUUGCUGUUCGCGUUGGCGGUUCUGCCAAACGUCGCCUUGUCGAAGUCACUCGGAAAGCAUUUGUUCCUGCUCCACCUCCUCGAAGGCAUCGCCACCACGUCCCACCUCACCGUCGCCGAUCUCCCAUCAUCCGCCGCGUCUCUCCUACAUCACCUGGAGGCCGUACGCACAUACCGGUCACUCCACCAAGGGCACGACCAACGGCUACGCUCAAAGAAGCCGCAUUGAUCAACCAUGAAUGCAUUGUCAACUACGUACCAGGCGGCGUUGAACACCAGGGCCCAGGUGCUUUUGUUUCCUCACCUGAAGAUGAUCACCUGAUGUCCGGUGUCACUCAUCAAUCCUAUUUCGAGCCCCUGAUGUCCGGUGCGCUCGAAGACAUGGAGAUGGACGAAUAUUCUCAGUCGAAUGUUACCACGUCUUUCUCAUCAUAUCACAUCCCGGGAACAUUUCCAGAAUCGCCAUCACCACCCGGGCUUCCUUCAACUGAAUCGCCAACGACGGAGCCACAAGCUAGCGAUGAUUCAGCUAAACCGCACAUCCAAAAUACCGAUGAAUCGGCUAUAUCAGAAGAGCGAGCUGUUGAUGAUUUGGCUACACCACGCAGCGAACCUUCCGACGAAUCUGAUAUACCAGACGUGCAAGUUACCAUUGAAUUUCCAUUGCAGAAAGUCGAUAGCCGGCCCAGAAACUAUAAAGGCGAGCUCCUCGACGAUUGGCAAAUUAAAGUCUGCAGAGAAUUCCAGGCUAUCCAUCCACCUCCUAAAGAAAUACGACGGCACGCCACCAACGUUCCUGAACAGCCACAAGGACCGAACCCCGCUGGAUUGAUCGAAUCAACCCGAUCUCCUACGGCGAACGGAUCUCCCAAAACUCAUCAUCAGCAACGUGGGACAAGUGCCACUGGAUUGAUCGAAUCACAGCGAUCUCCUUUGGCGAACGGUUUUCCCAGGUUUUCUCAUCAGCAACACGGAGCGACUACCACUGGAUUGAUUGAUUCACGUCGAUCUCCUAUGGCCAACGUAUCACACACAGGAGCAGCUGAUGGAACGAUGGAUGUGGAUGGAUCGACUCCCGGACUUCUUUGCCAGCCUCGGGGCAUGGCUUCCAUUGGAUCGAACGACUUACACCGAUCUUUUUUGGAUUUGCACAGAGCUACCACAGAUGUUCUUCAUCAACCGCAUGGGACAACUUCCAUAGGAUUGAACGACUUAUAUCGAUCUCCUUUGGCGGACGUAUCACCUACGAGGGCAGGCCAUGUACUGAACCACUCGCCCGAUGCAGCUUCUGACAUACCACACCGGCCACUUGGAACGGCUAACACUGGAUCGAUCGACUCACCACGAUCUCCUUUAGUCGACGCAUCACCAAUCAAUUCGCAGCAUGAAACGAUCACCACUGGAUCGAUCCAAUCACCACGAUCUCCUGUGGCCGACGUAACGCCCAUCAAUUCCCCACAUGGGACAAAUUCCAUUGGAUUGAUCGACUCACCGCGAUCUCCUUUGGAUGGCGUAUCUCCUAUCCAUCUGCAGCCUGGGAUGAGCCCAAUUGGAUCGAUCGGUUCACCACGAUCUCCUUUGGCCGAAUCCCACAUGGAGGUAGGAGUUGAUGCCAUGACUGACACACACGAGGCUGGUCCCGACGUUUCAGACCAUGCACAAGGCACGACACCCGUGCCCUCGAGGAGCCCUCUUUCGAGCCAAUCGGUCAUGAUGACUACGACUCUUGCAGGAUCGACGUCGAAAUGGUCUAUUCGGUCACUUUAUGCGCGUGUUCAAGGCAAGCCAAAGAAGCGAUCCCCUUUGCGCGAACGUAUGGACAAUGCCAAUAUCCACAAAGUACCAAAGACACCAAAGAAGGUCACUUGGCCUGAACACGGACCUGUCACAGGUACCAAACGAUUUAUAAAGCAUGAGGCCAUGUCGCAUCCCAGUCCUGCUUCUUCCCGCGAGGACAGCAGCAUCCUGAGUAGCGUGCCCAGCGAUUUCUCGCCUCAGCUCAGCCCAACUAUGCAGGAAGAGGCAGAGGAAGUAGCAUUGAAUCCACUACACCAAAUCUAUCCACCAACGUGUGCCGGUGAUGAUUGGAGCAUGAGCCCGAUCUCAUCCAAUAAGAGCGACGUAUUGAAUACUACGUCAACAGCCGAGCAAACGGACGCAAUCAACAACGCAGGUGAGGAACAGAAUAUCAGCUCUAACUCGUCGAGCGACAACGAGGCCAGCGUUCAGUCAUUCGAGACACCUACGAAGACUGCCGCCGCAGACCCAUCGACUCCACCAUCUCAUCUCUCCCCAAAGUUCGAAGAGUUGACAAUCUCUACCCGUCGUUCUUCGCUACGCCGACGCGAGAAGGAGGAUCAAGCACAGAAGCUAAGGGACGCCAUUGCAGCUGAAGAGAAGGCUCGCAAGGAUAAGGAGGAAGCCGAAGAGAAGGCACGCAAGCACAAGGAGGAGGCCGAGGAGAAGGCGCGGAUCAAGGCAAAGCAGGAGGAGGAGCGCAAGAAGACUGGAGGUCGUCGCAUUCCUAUUGAGAAGGUGAUCCAGUCACUACCACCAGGAUGGGAUGAGAAGGUCCGGAUCAACAUGGCGAAGGGUAUGAGAGAGCAACUUGCCAUGACAAGUGUUGGGAAUGCUCUGACGCGCCGUGACUUCGGAAUGGUACUUCCUCAGCCUGGGACAGGAGAUCACCCGAGCGGUUGGCUGAAUGAUGAAAUAAUCAGCGGGUACCUACAAGCAGUCGUCGACCAUGGCCACCGGAGAAUGUGCCACCCUCGCGGCGCAAAACCUUGGCUGCAUGCCUUCAAUCCGUUCUUUUACACGACUCUGAAAGAGCGUGGCUACGACGCCGUCAAGAGGUGGUCUACCCGUGCCAAGAUUGGUGGUAACGACUUGAAGACCGUCGAGUAUGUUUUCAUCCCGUGCAACCCAAGCAAGAGCCAUUGGACUCUAGUGGUAGUCUCCCCGGUACGAAAGACGAUUGAAGUCUUUGAUUCUAUGCAUGGCGACACUUUGGACAAGGUGAAUACUACAAAGGGGUGGUUGAAAGGUGAAUUGGGCCGUUCGUAUGUUGACUCGGAGUGGACUGUUGUCGAAGAUCCGGUAUACCCUGGCCGUGGAAAGGGGCCGACUCAGAACAACAUUAACGAUUGUGGGGUGUUUGCUGUUACGACAGCAAAGAUGGUUAUGCUUGGGGUCGAUCCCAUGGCUGUUUCUGCGGGGGACAUGCCCCUGCAACGCCGCCGUCUUGUUGCCGAGCUCCUGAACGGCGGUUUCUCCGGGGAGUUUGAACCCCUUGCUGUCUUCUAA